AAAUGUAUUAUCUCUACAACUAUCUAGGUUCUGGAAAAAUUGUGGUUUUCACAGUAGACUACUAACCACGAGUCCUUGGAUUUUUAAUAGAUUUGUUUUUUGAAAAGAUUUUUGCAUUGAUCGAGCCAAUUCUACAAGGCAAUGGAGGGCUUGGUUGGGCCACGGUUGUACAGCUGCUGCAAGUGCCGGAACCAUGUAUCUCGUCACGACGAUAUCAUUUCCAAGGCUUUCCAGUCGGGCAACGGCAGGGCCUUUCUGUUCUCCCAUGCGAUGAACAUUGUGGAAGGGCCAAAAGAGGACCGACACCUUAUUACAGGUCUCCACACAAUUGCUGACGUAUUUUGCUCUCAUUGCCGGGAGUUGCUGGGUUGGAAGUAUGAACGAGCUUACCAGGCACCCCAGAAGUACAAAGAAGGCAAAUUCGUGCUCGAAAAUAUUAAAAUCGUCAAGGAAAAUUGGUAGCAGACAGUAAUGGCUGUGAAUCCAUCUUCUUCUUCUUCUUUUUUUAUUGUUUACAGCUAAUUAAUUACUUCCUGCUUGUAUUUGUGGGCUUGCACAAAAGAAUUGAAGGGUGCAAAAGAUUUCAUUUUUAUUGAGGGAAUUUGUCAUUAUUCUUCUCA